AUGCCAGGAGACUAUGGCAGCUCAUCCACGCCAGGAGACAAUGGCAGGUCAUCCACUCUACAAGACUAUGGCAGCACAUCCACUCUAGAAGACUAUGGCAGCGCGUCCACUCUAGAAGACUAUAGCAACUCAUCCACGCCAGGAGACGAUGGCAGCUCGUCCACGCCAGGAGAAUAUGGCAGCUCAUCCACUCUAGAAGACUAUGGCAGCUCAUCCACUCUAGAAGACUAUGGCAGCUCAUCCACUCUAGAAGACCAUGAAGACUAUGGCAGCUCAUCCACUCUAGAAGACUAUGGCAGCUCAUCCACACCAGGAGACUAUGGCAGCUCAUCCACACCAGGAGACUAUGGCAGCUCAUCCACACCAGGAGACUAUGGCAGCUCAUCAAUGCCAGGAGACUAUGGCAGCUCGUCCACGCCAGGAGACGAUGGCAGCUCAUCCACUCUAGAAGACUAUAACAACUCAUCCACGCCAGGAGACUAUGGCAGCUCGUCCAAGCCAGGAGACUAUCGUAGCUCAUCCACUCUAGAAGAUUAUAGCAGUUCGUCCACUCUAGAAGACUUUGACAGCUCAUCCACACCAGGAGACUAUGGCAGCUCAUCCGCACCAGGAGACUAUGGCAGCUAA